AUGGCCCUCACGAUGUCUAUACGCCCAACAACUCGCCAUGCCUCGCGGCUGGCCAAGACCCUCCGCACCAGCCGGUCUUACAGCACCGAACCCGACCUCAAAACCACACUGAAAUCCGUCAUCCCCGCCAAACGUGAUCUCUUCCAACAAGUCAAGGCCCGCGGCGACACCGUCGUCGGCGAGGUCAAGAUCGCCAACAUCAUCGGUGGUAUGCGCGGUCUCAAAUCGAUGUUGUGGGAGGGCUCCGUCCUCGACCCGGAGGAGGGGAUUCGCUUCCACGGCAAGACCAUCAAGGACUGCCAGCGCGAACUCCCCAAGGGUACCACCGGCACUGAAAUGCUCCCGGAGGCCAUGUUCUGGCUGCUCCUGACCGGCCAGGUUCCUACCACCAGCCAAGUGCGGGCCUUUUCGCGCGAACUCGCCGAAAAGUCGCAUCUUCCGGAACACAUUCUCGGCCUGAUCAAGUCAUUCCCCCGCAAUAUGCACCCCAUGACGCAGCUGUCAAUUGCCGUUGCGGCGCUCAACACCGAAUCGUCAUUCGCCAAGGCGUACGAGCGCGGCCUGAACAAGGCCGAAUACUGGGAACCGACUUUUGACGACAGUAUCUCGCUGCUGGCGAAGAUUCCCCGUGUCGCCGCAUUGGUGUUUAGACCGGAUGAGAUUGACCAGGUCGGACGACAGGCCCUCGACGCCACGCAAGACUGGUCGCACAACUUCGCCGAGCUGCUGGGCAAGGGCGGGUCUGAGCACGCCGACUUUCACGACCUGCUGCGUCUGUACCUCGCGCUGCACGGCGACCACGAGGGUGGCAACGUGUCGGCGCAUGCCACCCACCUCGUGGGCAGCGCGCUCAGCGACCCGUUCCUCAGCUACAGCGCCGGACUGCUCGGUCUCGCUGGACCACUGCACGGCCUGGCGGCGCAGGAAGUCUUGCGGUGGAUCCUCGCGAUGCAGGAGAAGAUUGGCACACAGGUCACGGACGACUCCGUGCGCACAUACCUCUGGGAUACCCUGAAAUCGGGCCGUGUGGUCCCAGGAUACGGCCACGGUGUGCUCCGCAAGCCUGACCCACGCUUCGAAGCCCUAAUGGACUUUGCCGCGACGCGAGAAGACGUGCUGGCGAACCCUGUCUUCCAGCUCGUGAAGAAGAACUCGGAAAUUGCCCCAGGUGUACUGACCGAACACGGCAAGACGAAAAACCCCCACCCUAAUGUGGACGCAGCAUCCGGCGUGCUCUUCUACCACUACGGCUUCCAGCAGCCGCUCUACUAUACCGUGACAUUCGGCGUCAGUCGGGCCUUGGGGCCAUUGGUCCAGUUGAUCUGGGACCGGGCAUUGGGACUGCCGAUUGAGCGACCGAAGAGUAUCAACCUGUUGGGAUUGCAGAAGUGAUACCUACCUAUCUAUACCUGAUCUGAUGAACACUUGGAGAUCUGAACACUCAUCUGAACAUAUUGGAUUGAUGAUAUCUAGCAAGCAUUAGAGUCAUUCCUCAUUAGUUGUUAUCCUACCAUUACCUCACAUUCUUCUCCCAUAUUAUAUCCAUGGAAUAGAAGAGACAGAAGAGAGAGCAAGAUCACUCCCU